AUGGUCGGUCGAUUGAAUGAAUCAACUAAGAGACGACUACUAAAAGAUUUCAAGCGGCUGCAGGUCGACCCACCUCCGGGCGUGAAUGCGGCCCCAGAAGGCAACGAUUUGACUAUCUGGAGUGCGGUCAUCUUUGGACCGGAGGAAACAAUAUGGCAGGGAGGCACGUUCAGGUUGAGUAUGGCAUUUCCGGAAGACUACCCGGCUAGACCACCUGUGGUCAGGUUCAUAACUAGUAUAUUCCAUCCCAAUGUAUACCAGAAUGGUGAUAUCUGUCUAGAUAUAUUACAGAAUCAAUGGACGCCGAUAUAUGACAUUAGCGGAAUCCUGACUUCCAUUCGGUCGUUGUUGUCAGAUCCGAAUCCACAGUCGCCGGCGAACUCAGAGGCAGCGCGACUGUACGUGGAGAACCGACGAGAGUACAACCGAAGAGUGCAGCGUUGCGUGGACGACUCGCUGCAGGCCAUUAGUGAGGACGUGCAGACGGAAGUUAGCGCUCCUUCGAAGGACGCAGCUCCACCGACUACGGAAGCAGUAGCGAAUAACUAA